AUGCGGCGUCAGAUGAGUCCACUCGAACCGCUUCAGAUUCCGAAUCUCAAGAAUGAUGUUGUCGUUGGCGAUUCGGAGGAAGAAGGAGAGAGUGAGCAUUUGUCAUCUUCACGUGUUGAUAUGGGCCCUUUCUGUUUCUGACCAAGGAGGAAGCCUGAUCCUUAGGUCUCAUAGACACCGUAUCGGAUGGAAGCAACAUUGUGAAGCCUGACCAGCCGAGCUACCUUCAGGACAAGCUACACGACAGCGGUACCGUUGAUUCCGAAACCAAUGUCUCUACCCAUGACAUGUCGACUUCGUCCCCCGUGCGUCGUUCCCGGACCCGAUCGACUUUCGAGGGUAGUUCGAUCGGCCGCCUGACGAAUCGUGGGAUUGAGGAGAACGAGAAUGGUUUUAUUCUCGAGGUUACCGCUCAGUCGAGUAAGGUCGCUGGAAGGGCCAAACGUACCAAAUCGGCCCCUGUUCGUCGGGCAAGCACCUCGAAGCGCGCCCGCACAGCUACAGAGCCGGUCGAGGACGAGCACCAAGAUUCCGACUUUUCUUUGGAUGAGGCCGACCUACUCCGCACUUCAAAGCCGUUGGGCUCGGCGACCACGGAUCAGCAUGCGAUUGAUACGACUGUGCCGACCGGCCUGGAGAAUUUGUGUACCGCUCCGGUUCGCAGUCGCGCUCUCGGGUGAGAAAUGCCAGAAGUGUACGGGGUCGGACUUGCGGGCUCAAGGUCAAAACUCACACAUUUCUGGCUUGCAACUUACCAAAGUGAACUCAAUUCGCAAGACAUGCGCAAGCCGACGAAACGUUCAAACAAGGUGCGUUCAGAUGUUCGUGGCGGCAGCACUACGAGACCCGAUCUCAACAGCAGUACAAUGCACAUGGUGUGCCAUUGAAUUCAGGUAUCCUCGCGUUCCUCUUCGAAAGGUGGUACCAAAAGGGCCAACGAACAAGGUCCUUCAACCCGCACGUCGAGUCCGAUGGAGUUGCUUCCGAUAUCGUCGCCUCCCGUCGACGAGGCCUCGUCCCUCCUACCACCUCAAAUCGAUCCUCAAAAUGCAGCUUUACGAGCACAAGCUGAACCCGUGACCAAACAAGCCGAGAUUAACGCGAAACCUGUUCGAGGUGAGUUUGCCCAGCCUGUUGCUACGUGCCACUGCACUUCACUGAUUCCAACUCUUAACUGCCGAACCAAAGGUCUGGCUGGCAUCUUGACCCGCAAAGGCAUCGCGGGCGUUCGUCACCCUGGCUUAUCAAAAGCUGCGAAAGUACCCCGACUCCACGCCAAUCUGAAGCCACCUCCCCCGCCCAAGGCAGCGAUCCCCAAGCCCAGAGAAAAGAAGAAGAAAGGAGACGAGUCCUAUUCAGAUGAAGAAAAGGUCAGCUCGGUACGGCGGGUUCGCAGUUAUGCGGCUGGGAGGAUACUAACGUGUUUCCCCCCACGUUGCUUCCACAGCCUUGGUGGAAAACCAAACACCCGGAAGAGUGGACAGAUGAGGACUUUGAGCGGUACCGUCGCGUCACCGAGCGUCGCGAGCGCGGGCUUGAUUCUGACUAG